GAAGGGAGGAGCACAAGUAAGAAGAAGACGGCCACCGCGGUAGGGAAUCGAGGUGGGGGAGGGGAUGAUGCGAGAUUACCUUGUCGUGUGGCUCGAUCCUGUGCCUAUGCUGUUGUUGUCUGCUGCAGGGUUUGAUUGAGCGUGGAUUGCAAUCUUCCCAUCCACCCACCCGGACAAAAUCUAUCUUCGCCCCACUUUCUUGUGUGGCUGGAAUUUUACCCACUCGUGUUCAUUCUGACGAAUUGGGUGUAAAAAUUCUCCCCUCUUUUCGGGCUUGGACGUACUUGAGCGUGAAGCCGUGUUGUUACCUCGUCGUCUUCGAAGGCUGUGUCGGUUGUUCCCAACGCCGUUUUUUCUCCACUCGCACUGUUUCCUCCCCUCCUUCCGUCGUUCGCUUCUGCUGUCUCCACGAUGACUCAUUGUUCAUGCAUCGCGCCGUUUUUACGCGUGGGUGUGUUGGUGCAAGUGCCUGGCCUCGUGGGGUCUUUGGGACGGUCCUCUGGGACGAGUGCUGCGAGGAGUUGGAUAGUUGGUCGUGCGUCUAGUUGCUGUCGUAUGUGAAGCGCAGGAGCAUGGUGUGGUCCGAAGGAAGAAGAGAGAAAGAGGUGAUUAGAUUUGUGUUGGAACUUUAUGACGUAAUCUGUUGCAAACGGUUUUUGAGUGGUCUGCAAGAAAGGGCGACGAAGCAGCGUGUAUUCUCGGUAGUCUGCGGGGUGAUGAUAUACAUACGUCUCAUGAUUCGAAGGGUAUUGUUUUGCAAGUUGCACGUGGGUUUCGGGAUUUACAGAUCAUUUAUCUAUAGAGACACUAGUGGGACGGCUGUCUUCUGAAGUUGCGAAGUUUGUCAGGAGAGAGAGAGAAAGCGAGAGAGAGAGAGAGAGAGAGAGUUAUCCUCUGGUGGUGUUAUAAGGUUGUGUCAGUCAGCCGCAAGUUUUCUUUUGAGGGUGAGCUAUUGGUAUCUUCUGUGAGAAAACGAGUUUGACAAGUACAGGGAUAGGAGCGAGGGAGAUCAAGCUUUAAGGAUAGAGGAGUUUGUUUUGGAAUACAACCAGAGGAAAGGUGGGUACAUGCUUAAUAGACGCAUCCAGUAUGGCGGUGGGUACCGAAGUCGCGCAUCCUGUGAGCAUUUUAGAUGGAGUAAGCAAAGCCCCUGUUGCUUUCAACCCCAAAGAGGAUGGGAUUGCUGGGGAUAACAUUGUCUAUGUCGUAGCAGAGGUGGAAGCCAAACUGAUGGCUGAAGCGAAUGGCUGCAGCUUGACUGCAAAUCAUUCAAUCACUUUGGCUCCCAUUUCGGAGUCUUGCAGCAAUAAGACUGAACCCAUGGCAUACCCUUCAACAAGCGCAGAGAAGAUGGAAGGAAAUCCAGAUGAAGUGCCUAUUUAUAUUGUUCCAGAGUAUGUUCCAGAGUAUCGAUCUGGAGGUUGUGCAGAGAAAGGACUUAGGCGAUUUAUGGAAGACGCGCAUUUGUGUGUAGAUGACUUGGAGGAAACUCUGGGUUGUCGAGGCGCCUUCUAUGGGGUCUUUGACGGGCAUGAUGGUGAAUCUGCAGCAUGUUACGUCAAAGAACACUUGCUGCCAUUUAUUCUGAGAGAUGCAUCCUUCUCUUCUUCUGUGGAGGAUGCUGUUAAGAAUGCAUACUUGGAAUUGGACAAAGAGUUUUUAGAAGCUUGCAGACUGAAUAAGAGCCUCUCUUCGGGGACAACUGUCUUGACAGCACUUCUACAGGGAAGAAACUUGCUUGUUGCCAAUGCUGGUGAUUGUCGAGCAGUACUGUGUCGAAAGGGGCGGGCCGUGCCUAUGUCCAGAGAUCAUGUUCCAAGUGCUGCCUGGGAAAGGUCUCGUAUUGAAUCUGCAGGGGGUUAUGUGAUCGAUGGCUAUAUUAAUGAACAAUUAACAGUUGCAAGAGCUAUCGGAGAUUGGCACAUGAAGGGCCUUAAAGAAGUUGGAGGGAAGGGGCCUUUGAGUGCAGUACCGGACAUUCAGUCAUUGGUUCUCUCCGAAGAUGACGAGUUCCUUCUCAUGGGAUGUGAUGGAUUGUGGGAUGUGUUUUCCAACGAGAAUGCUAUUUCAUUUGCUCGGAAGCAGUUGCAGCGUCACAACGAUCCAGAACUUUGUUCGAAGGAGCUUGUUGAAGAGGCCUUGAAGAGGAAUUCACAGGAUAAUGUAACUGUCAUUGUCAUUUGUUUUAAGGCUGAUGCCCCUCCGCCGCUUGUGCUUGAAAGAAGGACCACCGUUAGAAAAUUCUGCUUUCAGAAACUUUGUACUGUAAUGAAGGACGUUGAUAUCCCCCAAGCUUCUGCCACUGAACGCAGCUGCGUUGUUUGAAGAGAUUUUCACUGCACUAAGGAGUGUGCUGUAGGAUUCCAACAAGGUGAUGAUGAAGAGAAUGUUCCACAAUCGUAGAGUUAGAAAUAUUGAGGAUAUUAGUAACUAUGCAAUAGACAAGUAUCUUCGGGUAGGAAGUUUAUGAAAUAAAGGCUGUAAACAACUACAGUACUGAUAGGCUUUCACUUUUCGGUUACAGUUGAGAUUAGGCUAGAUGUGUUAUAUCGGCGCAGCAGGAUAGUUGAAACUCUGAGCAGCUUAUUAGGGUCACUGGUUCUCCUUCUGCCAGUGAACAAGACAUUGUCCCCAAUUCCAAGGGACGAGCAUUCAAGCAUUGCUCUCCUGCACUUUGAUGUGCUCAGAAUUGAGAUUAUUUGGUCUUUGCGUAAGGGUGACGAUAACCACGUGGGACCAACGAAUUUAUCGGUAGUCUAUCGUUGCUGCAGUUGGAUAUCUGAAAGAGAUACCCAAUUCAACCCUAUGUUUUUUUGAGUACCCAAGUGUGCAUUGGAUCCGUU